CUCUCUCUCUCUCUCUCUCUCUCUCUCUCUCUGGCCACAGGAUGCAGGGAAGUGUUGCUUUGUUCCUGGUGGGACUCUAUUUCCACAUUACAGAUGGCACCAUCCCAGAGGCAGAAGAGAGCCCCAGUUUCUGGAACCAGCAGGCCAAAGCUGCCCUUGAGACAGCCCAGCGACUGCAACCUAUCCGGACCUCGGCCAAGAAUCUCAUCCUCUUCCUGGGAGAUGGGAUGGGAAUGCCCACCGUGACGGCCGCACGUAUACUCAAAGGACAACUGAAUGGAAACCUGGGACCUGAAACCCCACUGGCUAUGGAUAAGUUCCCUUAUGUGGCUCUGUCCAAGACAUACAAUGUAGACAGGCAGGUCCCCGACAGUGCAGGCACAGCCACUGCUUACCUGUGUGGUGUGAAGGGCAACUACAAAACCAUCGGAGUCAGUGCUGCUGCCCGUGUGGACCAAUGCAACUCCACCUGGGGCAAUGAGGUCUUCUCAGUGUUGCAGCGAGCCAAGGAGGCAGGGAAGUCAGUGGGGGUGGUAACCACCACCCGGGUGCAACAUGCCUCACCCUCGGGCACGUACGCCCAUGUGGUAAACCGAGACUGGUACUCAGAUGCCAACAUGCCUGAUGAAGCCCUGAAGAGUGGCUGCAAGGACAUUGCUUCCCAGCUGAUUUCCAAUGUGGAUAUUGAUGUGAUCCUGGGUGGGGGCCGCAAGUAUAUGUUUCCAGUUGGAACCCCGGAUCCUGAGUACCCAGAGAGUAGAAGUCAGGACGGAAUUAGGAUGGAUGGUCGGAACCUCGUACAGGAAUGGCUGAACAAAACAAAGGGUGCCAGAUACGUAUGGAACCUUCAACAGCUACUGAAUGUAUCAGAAGACCCCACAGUGACACAUAUCAUGGGUCUCUUUGAACCUAGGGACACAAAGUAUGAGUUAGAACGUGAUAAUCUCACAGACCCGUCAUUGCUGGAGAUGACCCGAGUUGCCAUCAAAAUGCUCAGCCGAAAUCCCAAAGGCUACUACCUCUUUGUAGAAGGAGGCCGAAUUGACCACGCCCACCACGAUGGCUACGCGCACUUGGCCUUGACAGAAGCCGUCAUGUUUGACUUAAGUAUUGAUGAAGCCACUCAACUAACUAAUGAAAGGGACACUUUGAUCGCCAUCACUGCGGACCACUCCCAUGUCUUCUCCUUUGGUGGCUACACCUACAGAGGCAGCUCCAUCUUUGGACUGGCUCCCAGCCGGGCCCUAGAUGGAAAAGCAUAUACUUCCAUCUUAUAUGGCAAUGGACCUGGCUAUAAGCAGGUCAAUGGUAGCAGGCCAGAUGUCAACGACAGCAUCAGUGAGGCAGUGUACUAUCAGGCCCAGGCAGCUGUGCUCUUGGACUCAGAGACUCAUGGUGGAGAGGACGUGGCCAUCUUCGCACGAGGUCCCCAAGCCCACCUGUUCCACGGCGUGCAGGAGCAGACUUAUGUGGCUCAUGUGAUGGCCUUUGCUGGCUGCUUGAAGCCCUAUGAGAACUGUGGGCUCCCAGCGCCUGGCAGCAGCCCCCAGACAUCGGGCUCCUUCCUGCUGUUAAUCCUUGCCUGGGCUUUCCUGCUCUUAGCAGUUCAGCACUGAUCCAGGACCAGUGAACUCCCAGCCACCAUCCCUUCCUCCACCUUCCAGUGGC